AAUCGUCAUCAUGGCCUCGAAAACCCCAGUUCUGACCUCGAAAGCCCCCAAGCCUCUUCCAGGUAUCUACUCCCAGGCCAUCAAAUGCAACGGCAUGGUCUACUGCUCAGGCGCUGUCGCCAUGGAUGCUGAAACAGGAAAGAUCAUUGACGGUGAUGUUAAGGCUCACACUGCACAAUGCAUCAAGAACCUCUCAGCAAUCCUCGAAGAAGCUGGAAGCGAUAUCACAAAGGUCGUCAAGGUGAAUGUGUUUCUGGCAAAUAUGGAUGACUUUACGGCUAUGAAUGAAGAGUACAUGAAGCACUGGGGGGACGUUAAGCCUGUUCGGACGUGCGUGGCUGUCAAGACAUUGCCGUUGAAUACCGAUGUUGAGAUCGAGUGUACUGCUCACCUGUGA